AUUAGCUAGGCAACGCAUGUUAAACAUUGCCCAAUAUUGACCUAAAUUAGAUUGACGCUAUAAUCAAAAGAUAGGAGACUCCAACUCGGAAAUAAUUUCACUCCUUAUCUGUUUCGGUGGUUCACUUGUCCUCAUAAAUGUUUCUGUCUGCCAUCGUUUUAGUUCUUGUAAUAUGUCUUUAUGUCAUCUACACGAAAACCAAAAAAGUACCCAAGGUCAAGAUAAACGGGAAAGCAGUACUGAUAACUGGUUGUGAUACAGGGUUUGGACAUGAACUCGCUAAAAGACUAGACCAGCUGGGGUUCACUGUAUUUGCUGGAUGCUUAUCUGAAAAGAGCACAGGGGCUCAAGAUUUACGAAAAACAAGUUCCAGACGUGUCCAUGUCCUCAAACUAGACGUAACAAAGUCAGACGAUAUUGAACGGGCAACAGAAACCGUCCGGAAAAUUUGCAAAGGCCCAGGUCUCUGGGCCCUCGUUAACAAUGCCGGUAUUGACAGUUUUGGUGAUGUAGAGUUUUGCACCAUGGAUAUGUAUCGCAGAGUUGCGGAGGUUAAUUUGUUUGGAAUGAUCCAAGUCACCAAAGCGCUACUUCCGUUAAUAAGACACUCUAAAGGUAGAGUUGUCAAUGUCACCAGCGUGAAAGGUAUCAUCGCUCGACCAACAAUUUCUGUUUACGGAAUCACCAAAUUUGGCGCCGAAAACUUUUCCGAUUGCCUUCGAUUGGAAAUGAGGAAAUUCGGAGUCAAGGUCUCCAUUGUAGAGCCUGGAAAUUUUGGUGGAUUGACAGGGAUUGUGAAAGACCAGAAUCUCAAACGACUAGUGGACGAGAUGGAAUUGAUGUGGGACAGAGCCGAUAAAGAGAUCAGAGAAGCGUAUGGGAGAGAGCAUUUAGAGGAACAGCGCAAUGGCCUUUACAAAGCUCCCGAAAACUGCGCCUUAAGCUUGGAACCUGUCCUUUGCGCCCUAGAAGACGCCAUAGUAAGCGAAAACCCUGCUAUCCGGUAUCUUGUCGAUGGCGGGAGGGGUUUGCUCGACUGGCAUAACUGGUUUGGACGUUUACAUUAUUACUUGCCAACCGAAUGGAUGGAUUUCAUCAUAGACCAGGCUUGGAAAUUUGGAAUUCGCUAAUGGAUUACUUGCAAGCAAAGGGACUACUUACGAUUUUAAAGCUAAAAAGAGCAUUGUGAAAAAGGUUAGCGAAAAUGAAGGCUUAAAUACUGUAUGAAGCUAGCUAACUACUAAGUUCAGGAUUACCAUGGGGACUCAGCGAUUUAUAUUGUAUGCCCUGUACAUGCAUACCCAAUUUGGGCACACAUGCGGGGUUUAAUACUUUAAAUUAAUUUUUCUAAUUUACAUGUAUAUAUCUAACUCCUUCUUGCAUGAUAUUGACAAUAAAUUAAAGUAUCCAGGUUUUUAUGAAUUGUGUGGCUAAUGAGCAUGUACACAUUUUGUUUUUAUUCAACUCUAUUUUCUGAGAAUUGUGGCACUGCCGCCUUACAGUGAAUUUAUUCUAGCUUAACUACAACGCAAUAUUAACACGGUUAGGAUAUUUUUGAAACUACGUAUAUUAAAGAUGAAAACAAAACAAGACGGAAAGCUUUCUUUCUCUAAAUAUUUAAACACUUCCUGCAGACAAAACUAAAAACAAAGAUUUUAAGGCCAUGGUACCAAAAACAAUGCAUGCAAGC